AUGACGGGUGUGACACACAUGACGUCACGCGGCCCAUGUGAACUGAGGGCGAUGAUCCUGAAAGCAGAUCAGAUCCCGGAGCGAGAUCCAAAGGGUCGGAUUGUGAUUUGCCCGCCAUUUUGCCCCCUUCCCCACUUACUUGACUCCACAGAGGACGGCAGCAGCAGCAGCAGCAGCCAGCGUCUCCCCACAGCUCAGCUUGAGGUCCUGCAAGCCGUCUGCCCAGACCUGAACUUCCUCAGUGAACCCGAGCAAAAUGGAAGAUUGAACCCCCAGCUGCCUCCCCACCCGCUGUGUUCUGGAUCCAUGACGUUCGUUUUGAAAUGCACGGAGAAACGCCAGGUUUUCAACUACUCUCCCAGUUGUGGCGUUAAGAGCGGGAGAGGGGAAGCAACCCUUUCCCGGAAGGGAGGUGAAGGGAGAAUGAUGCCCGAGGUGACCCGAGGAGCUUUGCGCCAGAGCUCCGCAAGGACCCCUCGCCGGCCCGGCCGAGCAGCCGUCAGGCGGCCCCGUCCCCAAACUCCCCUUCCGCCCUCUGGCUCCUCCCCGCCCUCCAGGCUUAGCGGUCCAGAGGCGCGGAACAGAGCCAGCCUCCGCCCCUCUCAGUGGCCGCUGCGGAAGGGCCGCCGCCCCCGGAAGCCCCCUGCCCCCGAGCGCCUCUCUUCCUGGGCCCGCGGGGGCGACAGUGCGCGCGCCCCGCCGUCCCGGCUGCCAGGGCUCGCCUCCCUGGCCGGGUGGGCCGCUCGAGCGGCCGCCUCUGCGCAGCCGGCCGGGAGGAGCCUCCUCGGGGCCCCUGGAUGUCCCGGAGGCCUGGAUGUCCCUGGCAGCCCGACACCCGCCGAGGCGCCCCCGAGGCUCCUUUUGCGUCGGCUUCCUUCCACCGCCGCCCUGGGACUCGCCGUGGCUGCCUGCAUCGCAACGGCAGUGUUCCCCUGCAAAGAAGGACCGGGACCGGGAGGCGCCCUGGCCCAGACCCGGGCAGAAGAAAGCCCUUCCGCAGCGCUCCUGGCCCAGAGCCGCCCGCGGAGAGACCAGGCGGGGAGCCUCCCGGGACGCCGCCGCCGCCGCCAGGGGCCCGGCGGACCAUCUGAUCCAGCCCCAGCCGAGAGCCCAGAGGGGGCCAAAGACCGCCCAGCCGGGCAAGGCUGGCGACGCUCCUGGCGAGCGCCCAGAGGAGGGGGGGGCGUGCGUGGGGGCAGCGCACCUCACAGAAAGGGCGGGGGGGCGGGGGGCCUUCGCACCCCUCGUUCUCUGCCAAAGGACCGAGAGCUGCUGCAGCCCAAGGGCGAGAUGGCCAAAGGCCAGCCCCAGGGGUGGUUCUGGGGUAAAGCCACGGGCAUCGUUGCACAUUACCAGCAGCUGAGGGUGCCACUGGGCAGCUUUACCCCUCAGCAGGCCACACCUUUGAUGGCGCAUGAGCAGGUAUGGCAGGAGCUCAGCCAGGCUUUUGAGGUUCAGCCUACCUUGGCAUCGCUGAGGUAUGACGAAUCCUUCAGGAUGCGGGUGGCUGCCACCUGUCCCUCGGAUGCCCUGCCGCGCACUUCGCCUCCAAGCCCUACCCGGACUGGGGCGCUGCCCGGCAGCGCUGCCUCCCAGGCGGAGUCCGCGCCUCGCCUGCCGACUCCCCAGCGCCGGUUCCGCCUGGAGAAUCUCCGCCGGCACCCUCGAGAGCCGCUGGCUGGGCGCGCCCGCGAGGAGCCGUCGGUCCGCGCGGGGCAGGAGAAGGAAGGCAACGUCUCCGCAGCUCCUCCAAAGGCGCCAGCGCCGGUGCGGGGAGCGGGCUCCGUCCGCUCCCCGCCCGCGACGGCCUUGGCUUGUGGCGGCUCGGCCUGCUCCGUGCCGGCGACGGGAGCCGCGCGGACCGCGCCGUCCGCUUCCCUGCCUGGGCGCCCCCGAGCACCCGCCGGCCAAGGAGCGGAUGCUGGGCCGAGCUGCCCAGGGGAGAGGCCACGGGGGUGCGGCAGGCGGGGCGCCCGGAACCCGGACGGGCGAGCGGCGGCGGCGGCCAGCCAGCCUGCUCCGGCUGGAUCGCCCAGCGUCGAGGGCGAACAAGCGUCGGGCGGCCCUGCAGUGCUUCGGGAGCCCCCUCCGCUCGCCCGCCCGCCCGCCCACCCGCCUCUCUGCAGCCACAGCCACCGACGUGUGCGUGGGAAACCUAAUGACGCAAUGACGUCAAUGCAGGUCAGCAGCGGGCUGGAUGGCGGAGCCGCGCCGCCCAGGGCUGCCUCCCCGCCGCCCGCCGCCCAGGGCUGCCGGGCUCGGCUCCUUCGCAGACGGGAGGCGAGCUGGGACGGGCGCGAGAGGCCAGCAGCUGGGCGUGGGAGGGCGGCAGCGGCGGGGUGCCGGGAGACUCCAUCCCCCACCGAAGCGGAAGGCACUUGCCCCGUCGGACUCGCGUGGCUGUGGCGGUCUGAGAAGGGCGGGCGGGGCUGCGCUCUCUCGCGCCUCGUGUCUUGGGAGCCCCCGGGGGAUGCAAGCAGACCGUUGCUCGGGGUCGUCGAGAUGGAGGCAGCCGCCUCCCCCACAGUGGGGAAGGGGUCCGCCCCGCAGCUCCCUGAGCGUGGGUGGGUGGGGGAGGAGCGGGUGGCUUCUUUGCGCAUCCCAGAAACAAGCCCCUUCCCGCCGACUGGGUCCGUGUCCGAGAAGGGCCUCCUGGAGGAAGCGCCCUCGAGGGAGCGAGCCCGUCGGUGGCUGCAGCUGCAGCCGCGCAGCUCCCGGCGAGCCCGCGGGGAGAGCUUGGUGGGAGGUUGGGGCGGCCGCCGGCUCUGGCGAGGCACGAGGCGGACCCGCCCGGGCCCGGGGGGCGCCGCCGAGUGCCCCUCGUCGCUGCCGGAGAGCCGGGCGGCGGCUGUGCCUCACCGCCGGCGGCUGCCCGUCUCCGCUUCUUCGCCGCCUCGCCCUGCAGAGUCGGUCCCUCUCCCAGCGGGAGCGGCUGGGGCAGCCGCCGCCGCCGCCUCCCUUCGUGUCGCCGCUCCCGCCGGCGCUUGGUUUCAGCACCACGAGCCCCGAACAGCUCCCGGCUCCCGCGCGGAAGGCGUCGCCCUGCCCGCCGGCCCGCCCACCAGCCGCUCGGGCGAGAGGCCGCUGAUCACCUGGAGCCUCGCGGCAGGUGCGGCCGGGCAGACUUCCUUCCUCGACGCGCUCGAGCGCCACCAGACGCCAAGGGCCUGCCCUGUGCAGUCCCAGAAGCAGCCGCCGGUGCCUGGAGGGCCAGGCCCCGUGGGGGGGGGGGGGCUGCCGAGCCCCUGGGCAGCAGCCCGGUUCUUCUAG